AUGGUUCGUCCCAUCGAGAUCGAGGCCAUGCACAACGAUGGCCUGUCGUUCGUUCAAAUAGCUCGCAACCUUCAGCUUAUGCGCUGGAUGAACGGAGCUGCAAUUGCCCUUCUCAUAUAUGAUACAUGCCUGAUUCUCGGUGAUGAGGUCGAAUUCUUAUGGCCGAAACGGUGGAGUGUAAUCAAAGCAUUUUACUUCCUGAAUCGGGCCUUGUGUGCGACUUUUACGAUGAUGAGCGCUCAGCAAUUUAUCAGCAUGAAUAGCAUGUCUGAUGGAUUUUGCACUUUUAACCUCAUAGGCGUCGGCAUUGCCACGUUUAUUUCGUUUGCUAUGUGCAACUGGAUGCUUCUAGCACGUACCCGCGCUCUUGUCGGGUGUGAGCGACCUAUCCUGGACGCCGCGCUCGUCGCCUACUUUUUCCUUUCGUACACCAUCACAGGCGUCCUCGUCAUCCUCACCUCGCUCCAAUUCCGCACUAAGAUCUUCUUUUCACCAACGAUCCGGAUAUGCUCUGCAUCUAUUCAUCCAAAGGAAAUGGGGUUAAUAUGGAUUUGGCCCAUGCUCUUUGAGACGACCAUCUUCGUCAUAACGACUGUGAAGCUCUACCAGACGAGGAAGCACGGAGCCUGCCUGGGAUCCCGCCUUUUCUCUGUCCUGUUUCGGGACGGAGUGUGUUAUUACGUCUCAAUCUGCCUGUUCCGGACAUGGAAUCUCGUCGCGUGGAACCUCCGACCCAUCUCUUUCACCUUUACGGGCAUAUUCAUCCUCUGGGUGAUCAUGUCCGUUGCUUGUUCUCGACUCCAACUCAACUUACUAAAAGCCAUCGACCCACUGUACGAGAGUGAUGUCGGAGGUAUGACGGGCGAGACAUCAUCUGCGAUCCCCACUCACGGCACUACCACAUUUGGACGCCGGAUGGAUGGGAACAGAUGCGGUCGGCGGCGACGACCUAGCUCAACAUUUGAUGAUCUGCACGAACGACGGUCGUAUCUCGACCGGCUCUUCCAUAUUCCCAUCACUUCACUUCGCUCAUUUGGCGAGUCUUCACGCGUUACAAUGCAAGGAAAAGGGAUUGAACUUCACGACCAAUCCAAACGCCUCGAGAAAAGUGGCAAAGAACACGACGGUACUCAAAAGGAUGAGCAUAUCCAGUUGAGAUCCAUGUCAUCACCGAAUCCUCUUUCACCGUAUCGACGGACAUCUGGGGAAUUUCCAGAUGACGAAGCGCGGACGCUUAAUUCUGUCACGUAA